CCUGCUUUUUUCCCUUUCAUAGGAAACAACGCUACUGAAGCCGCCCACAUUCGCGGCGCAUGUGGAGAAAGUUCCACAGGUGAAUCUACUGCAUGGGAAUGGUUUUUGAAAUUCAAAGUGGCAGCUUUGAUCUCGAUGACACCUCGCACCGGAAGAGCUUCAGACUACGACAAGGAGCUUCUUGAGACGCUGAAGGAGGACGCUAAUGGUCGCACAAACAAGUCUUGUGUUGGCCGCAAAAACGCACUGCGAUUAUCAGACUACUUUCAAUCAUCCCCACUCGAUGAAAUUUGCCGGGAAAUCAGGAGAUUCUUUGGUUCAUGA